GCAAAUUUCGGGGAAAAAUAUGAAAUAAAUAAGAAAUAAAUUUUAAUAUUUAAAUUCAAAACAUUGCUCAAGAAAUGCUCUUCUUUACAAAAAUAAAAAUUUACCGCAGCUCAAAAAUAACGUAUGUUAACCCCAAAAGGGUAACGACACCGGAUUAAAUUCGGCCAGACAAUUGAAAUAAAUUUAUACAAAAAAAUUACGGUUUUCUUGGUAAAACAAACUAUUUAAAUGUACUCACUAGUGACAUUAUAUUACGCAGGUGUUCGUUUAUGUAUAAAUAAAAUAUAAAGCGUACAAAGACGCCUGUAGAAUGCGACUGUAUUACAAAUGGGCUUCCUUGUAAGCCCAGUGAUUUGGCAUAGACGGUACUUAUCUAAAUUCUUUAGAUUUUUGCAGAAAAAUCGCAGAAAUUGGGGAUUGUAAUGAAUGAAUUUACAAUAGCAGAGUCUCAUAACUACAUUGUUAAUGAUUAUACAAUGAUAUAAUGUAUAGAUAAUCAUAAUGGCAUUAUAAUAUUGGUUUUACAAGUGUCAAAAUGCUUUAUUAGUUUUUUUUUAUAUUGCAAUUAUUAAUUGUUGCGCUACUGUCCUCUUAUCUACUUCUCAUCUAAGAGACGAUUCCUAAAGAUAGCUCUCGCAAAUAUUAAUAAAUGAAAAAAAAAUCCGGAGGAGCGAAAAAUGUAAUGUUUCCGAAAACAACACCCGUGCAGAAUAUUUAAUUCACGAAACAUGCAAAAACGCCCAUUCAGGCGGGGAUUUAUGCUUUAUAAAGCGUGUUGCACCAAUUCGAAGGGUUGCAGUCUUCGGUUGGUUUCCAACAUGCAAUCUUAUUUUUGUUAUCUGUGCGUUAUUCUCGCUACAUUGUUGGGAGAAUGUCUUGGAUUCCCCAGGAAAAUAUUUUACGCCGAUUUGACAACAUCGCCGGACCGCCCUUUGCCAACUCACAAUGAAAAACCUGUCGGUUAUUACCCGGAAAUCUCCGCUUUCGUGACCAAAGAUGUCGUCGCCACAAAUUCAUUUUUAGGCAGACCCAUGUAUUUUCUCAGAGACGAAUGGAAGGAGGAAACUACUGACAGAAACCCCACAGAUGAAGACUCCAAAGGAGAGAGCAGCAACACGUACCACAGAAAAGGAAGGAAACCUUACGGGAACCAACACGAAAACGAAGAAGAAGACGAAGAUCCAUCUUGGCCUUACUUCAAUAAAAACGGUCCGUCUAUGAGCUCAUUUUUCCCCAUAAACAUCGGAGGAACCGGAAGAGGUUGGAAACGCCAACACGGCGACCAAGAGGACGAGAAUUCGUACAGUCCAAGCGGCUCCACCACAGCCAUAGCCAACGCUUUUUCCACAGGCAAAGGCGGCGUUGCCACGUCCAGAGCCACGGCUUUCGGCGAUCCAUAUUUGACCGCCAUGUUUCUGAGAGGAUCGAUGAACAACAACAAAAAAGGUUACAGGGAAUAUUAAUAUUAAUAUAUUGAUUCGUUGUGAGCUCGAUAAUAAAAUUACAACGUGUUCGAUUUAGUGUUUUCGUAUCAUUAAAAGUUUCCCCUUUCUUCUUCUUGAAUCUACGUUCAGUGAAGUAUAUUAUUGGAUAGAUGACAUCAUUUAUGAGUUGUUUGUGAGACAACUGGCUGUAAGAUAGUCAAUUACGAGACACCAGGUUGUAGUACAACUAAAAGAAGAACUGUUUAGGUGCAUUCCGAGAGCGAAGAAGGCGCUUUUUCCACGGCGUGCUGCGCCAACACUUUACUGAUAUCGUUAAUAAUCAACAACGACUUGUUGUAACCAGCCUUGCGCAGCACCUCGGCGACGAAACCGCCGAACUUAUCGUACAUAUCGCCCUGUUUCGAACACGCCGCCAGCUUCGUCGCUUCGGUCAGUCUUCUCACGGCCUUAACUAUUUUGUCCUCCUGAUGCCCCGAGGCUCUGCCGGAGGUUCUGCUCGCGUUGCUCGCGCUGGACCCGGCGACGGGGGCUUCGUCUUCUCGCGCUCGAGAAGCGCUGUCGUUGAACUCGAAACCCGUCCAAUCCACCGAGGGCUCUUCCUCUUUGAAGUAGAUGUUUUCCGCCUCGUCGCUCGCCUCGCUCGCUUCGCUCGAUGCCGAUCUCUUGCAGCGCCGCCGCUCGCGUUUCUGC